AUGCUCAUGGAUCGGACUCUUCCAUCUGCUCAUCCUCUUACUCGUCUAACUGCAUUCAUCGACAAUGAAGGAAUUCUUAGAGUCGGAGGUCGACUUAAACAUUCAAACUUGGAUGUAGACUACAAGAACUCAAUGAUUCUACCCAGGGAAUCAAAACUUACAUCACUCAUCAUCCAAGAAGCUCACUCAAGAACUCUACACGGUGGUACUCAACUCACUUUAUCUCAUAUUAGGAAACGGUUUUGGAUCAUUGGAGGACGGCAAUCAGUCAAAUCCUACAUUCUCAAAUGUGUCAAAUGUGCACGUGAACGGGGAUUACGUGCUCAACAACUCAUGGGACAACUACCUCUUUCAAGAAUCAAGCCAUCAAGGCCAUUUCUCAACACUGGUGUUGACUAUGCUGGACCUAUAUCAAUCAAAGCUUGGAAAGGUAGAGGUGCAAAAUCAGAAAAGGGUUGGAUUUGUAUUUUCGUUUGUUAUUCAACUUCAGCUAUUCAUCUAGAAUUAGUUACUGACUACUCAACACACGGAUUCAUCUCAGCAUUUAGACGAUUCACAGGACAGCGAGGUAUCUGCCACACUCUUUACAGUGAUUGUGGAAAAAACUUCGAAGGGGCAGAUAACGAACUCAAACGACUCUUUAAGGCUGGAACUCAACCAUGCAACGAAUUAUCUCAUCUUUUGACAAAUGACGGCACUACCUGGAAAUUUAAUCCACCGGCAGCAUCUCACAUGGGCGGAAAAUGGGAAGCUGGCGUCAAAUCAGUCAAAUAUCACCUUCGGCGGACAAUCGGCGAGACGAAAUUAAGCUAUGAAGAAUUUACGACUCUUCUAGUUCAAAUCGAAGCGGUGCUCAAUUCUCGCCCUCUGGAACAGCUCUCAGAUGAUCCUGAAGAUUUCUCAACCCUCACACCAGGCCACUUUCUCAUUGGUGACUCACUCACAAUAAUCCCAGAACCAUCACUCACUCAGCUCAAUAUCUCACCAGCAUCAAGAUGGAAACUUAUUCAACAGCGUUUUCAAUUUUUUUGGUCUAAGUGGUCUUCAUGUUAUUUACAACGUCAACAAUCAAUCUCAAAAUGGCAUCACCCAUCAAACAAAAUAAAAGUCGGCUCAAUGGUACUGCUCACUGAUGAGAGGUUCCCUCCCGCUAAGUGGCCUCUUGCUCGCAUACUGGAACUACAUCCUGGAACUGACGGUCUCACGAGAGCUGUUACAAUUAAAACAGCUACAUCAACUUUCAAGCGGCCAAUUCAUAAAUUGGCAAUUCUUCCUAUCUCCGUGGACAACAAUUCAACAUCGGACGAGGAUUCAUCUUAA